AUGUCCUUCGUACUCAGGAGACCCUUUGCGGUCUCCUCAACUGCCUUCAAACAAUUCAGCAAGCCAUCCAAUGUCAUCCGAGCGUUCCACUCAUCAAGCCCGAAAUCAUCCAACUUCUUCAAUCCUCGGCCUCUCACAUCGACCUCAAACGCACAGUCACUCCUCAAAUCACAAGCUCUGCGCAAUGGCUUCAAGCGUAGCUACCAGACCCCUUCAUAUCAGCCUGCGAACCCCGCGGCAAGCGGCAACCUGACCCAACGGCUGGUCAUGGGCGCUGCUCUGGUCGGCGGAACCAUCCUCGCCACAAACCUAAUCUUCAACCGCGAGACGAGAGAAGAUGGCGGCAUGCCUCCCUUCGAGCGAGAAUACCUGAAUCAGACAUUCAUGCACACGGGUCUGGGAGUGGGCAUCAUUGCGCUUGCCGCCCGGACGCUGCAUCAAAGCGGAUGGAGUUACAGACUGAUGGCAACAAACCCAUGGUUGGUCGUGGGUCUGGGUCUCGCCGCUAGCUUUGGUACCAUGUACGGCACGUUUUAUACGCAUCCAGACAACUACAUCCAAAAGUACGCCCUCUGGACCGCCUUCAACGUCACUCAAGCCGCCAUCCUCACUCCCCUGAUGUUCAUGUCACCGGCGAUCCUGGCGCGUGCCGGUCUCUACACGGUCGGCAUGAUGGGUUCAAUUGCGUUUAUCGGCGCCACGGCAAAGCAAGAGAAGUACUUAUAUCUGGGCGGCCCUCUGCUCGCUGGCGUCGCCAUCGUCGCCAUCUCCGGUUUUGCGCCUUUGGUCCUCCCCGCAACUGCCGUGAGGACGUUGGCUUGGACCGAGAAUAUCUGGCUGUAUGGUGGUCUUGCCGUGUUUGGCGGCUUCACCUUGUAUGAUGUGCAGAAGAUCCUGCAUCAUGCUAGGAUGAGUGAGAGAGGGUUAGUGAGGAAGGAUGUUGUCAAUGAGAGUAUUUCAUUGGAACUGGACUUUUUGAACAUCUUCAUCCGCAUGGUCCAGAUUUUGUCAAUGAGGCAGAACAACAGGAGAUAA